CAUAUGAGCAAAGCUCAAAGCAAAACUGCCUGCAGACUCAAAGAGCUAAAAUGUCAUCUAACAAAACCCUAGUUGUAGCCCUUGUUCUUUCCUCGCUUGUGUUGGCAACUGUCGAAAGCCGUCCCGAGAGGAAAGACUUGGGUUUGGAUUUGGGUAGUGGCCUUGGACUUGGCUUAGGCCUUGGUGCUGGUGUAGGACUUGGCGGUGGCGGCAGUGGCUCAGGCUCCGGCUCUGGGUCUGGAUCAGGGUCAGGUUCUGGGUCUGGGUCUGGGUCUGGGUCUGGCUCUGGCUCUGGGUCUGGCUCCGGGUCUGGUGCAGGGUCCUAUGCUGGUUCCGGUGCAGGGUCAGGUGGAGGCUCGGGUUCUGGACGUGGCUCAGGUCAAGGUCGCGGACAGGGCUCUGGUUAUGGUCAAGGUAGCGGUCGUGGGAGCGGCUCUGGGUCCGGUUCUGGAUACGGCGAAGGUUCUGGGUAUGGGUCUGGGUCUGGGUCUGGGUCCGGAGGAGGUGAUUGAAAAUGAGGCGUGAUUGUGUUAAUGAAAUAGUUCGUGUAGUAAUACGAAUAAUAAGAUGUGUGAUUCAAGUAAAAUGUAACCUUAGUUACUUAAAUGGAAAACAUCUUCAUCUUA